UCUGAAGGGACGAUGGCUGGCAUUGCCCAAAUAACCCCCUUCCUAUACCUCAGCAAAGGCAGCGUCGCCUCCAACCGCCAACUGCUCUUAUCCCGCGGGAUCACCUGCAUCAUCAAUGCCACCGUCGAACUCCCGAACCUCAACUUCCCCGACUUUGAGUACCUCCGGGUGCCCGUGGCCGAUAUACCCAGCGCCCCGAUUUCUCUUUACUUCGACAGCGUGGCAGACAAGAUCCAGAGCGUGGCUCGGAAGAACGGCGUCACUUUGGUCCACUGUGCGGCUGGGGUGAGCCGAUCGGCCACGCUGUGUAUCGCCUAUCUGAUGAAGUACCAAAACGUCAACCUGUACGAGGCCUACAACUGGGUCAAAUCGAGGCGCCCAGUCAUACGUCCGAAUGUGGGUUUCUGGAAGCAGCUGAUAGACUAUGAAUGGGAGCUAUACGGCCGGAACAGCGUGAAAAUGGUGCAAACUCCUUAUGGGACGAUGCCAGAUGUUUAUGUUAGAGGAGGGAGGGUCUUUAUGCCUUACUGGGGGAUCUGAAGCGAGGAAGCCGGACCAGGCGGUGGUGAGAAACCCUAAACUGGCCAGAUUGGAGAGGACCUGUUUCCGCUCCUGUUUGGGAAUCAUCCCACUUCUUGGCUCCAGCUUCUUUUGAGUCGGCUGAACCUCAGAAGCAUCUUCAAAGCACUAAACCAGCAACCUCUUACUCAAGGGGGCCUUAAACCUACAUCCUGCGGAAUCACUUUUGUAA